AUGUCGACAAUUACGGUCAAAUCCCGCUCUUCGACCAUCAAAGGGUUUACUGAAAAGGCAGGCACGUACUCAAUUGCGUCUCUCCACAAGAAAAUCGCUGAACAGAGUCGUGUUCCAGGUGAACAAAUCAAACUCUCAGUAUUGGACGAUUCUGGAAAGUAUCAACCAUUGGACAUUUCCGACGAUUUGAAAUCAUAUUUCAAGCCACAAGAAUUGGAAGGAGAUGUUGUGAUCUUUGCUAAAGACGUAGGACGCCAAAUUGCUUGGAAGACAGUGUUCAUUGUAGAGUACCUCGGUCCAAUUCUCAUACAUGUCCUCAUCUAUGCUGCAGCUUAUUAUAUUUUGGGGGUAACUCAAAGCUCGACUCAAAAGACCGCUUUUUACCUUGCUGUUUUGCACUUCCUCAAAAGAGAGUAUGAGACCUUAUUUGUGCACCGUUUCUCCAAUGCUACCAUGCCCUUCUUCAACUUGUUUAAGAACUCUGGCCACUAUUGGCUUUUAUCUGGAGUUCUCUUAUCUAUUUUCAUUUACUGCCACGACGUCACUACAUUGGACAAUGCCUCGCCCCUUAUCAAGUUCCUCUUCCAUGUCAAUGACUUGCCCCCAUUCAUCAACAAGGCAUUGGUCGCUCUCUGGGCUUAUGCCGAAAUCUCAAACUUCAUCACGCACAAGAACUUGGCAGGUAUUCGCUCUAAUGACCUGAAGGCUUACACCAUUCCUCGUGGCUAUGGGUUUGAUGUGGUUGCUUGCCCCAACUACUUUUUCGAAUGUUUGGCUUGGUUCGCAUUUGCACUUUUGGUGGGCAAUUGGAGUGCCUGGGUGUUUUUAGCCGUGAGUGCCGGUCAAAUGUACAUUUGGGCACUCAAGAAGAACAAGAGAUUGUUGCAAACCUUCGGUGAUGACUACAAGAAGUUGCGCAGAGCUAAGUUUAUUCCUUUCCUUCAUUAG